CCAAUCAAUAGCUUCUCCCAUAUGUGAGCUUCACUUUCACAUUACUCUUUCCUUUCUCCAAACUUCACUGUACCCCACUGUACUUCCAAAAUCUCUCUCUCUCUCUCUCUCUCCACUCCUAAUAUAUAUAUAUAUAUAACUCUCUGGCUCCCUGCUAAACACACUCUCAUACUUGUAAAUGUAUAUAUGAUAGUGUAAAUGGAUCCUCCGAUAAUCAAUUUGACCUCUUUCUCUGCCGCUAAUCCUUCGUCCUACAGUUUGGCCGAGAUUUGGCCCUGUCCGAUCAAUGGAAACGUUGUUGGGAGUGGAGGAGGAUUAGGGCUGAGAAUGAGCAAUUUGACUGGAUUCUGUGAUUCCGCCUCCAAUCGCGACGUUUCCAUGGACGAAUCCACGGUUACGGAGCAGAGCGGGAGUCGCAGCGGUGGCGGUGGGAGGAAGCGGAGGGAUGCUAGUUCCGGUGAUGAUGAGUCGUCGAACCUCAGUGGCAACGAUUUGAACAAUUCAGAUGGAAAACGAAUGAAACUAUCCAGAUCGAGAGUUGAAAAUGGUGGCUCAAACUCAAAGUCAAAAAUGGAAUCAAAUUCAGGGCAAGGAAACAUGGCAGCUGAGAAGCAUACAAAGCCGAGUGAAGAGCCUAAUAAGCAAGAUUAUAUCCAUGUGAGAGCAAGAAGAGGUCAAGCUACUGAUAGCCACAGUUUAGCAGAGAGAGCUAGGAGAGAGAAGAUCGGUGAGAGGAUGAAGAUUUUGCAAGACUUGGUUCCUGGAUGUAAUAAGGUGAUUGGAAAAGCACUUAUCCUGGAUGAGAUAAUUAACUACAUCCAAUCACUGCACCAUCAGGUCGAGUUCUUGUCAAUGAAGCUUGAAGCAGUCAAUUCAAGGAUGAAUUCAACCAUUGAAGUAUUUCCUUCCAAAGAUCUUGGAACACCGACAUUUGAUGCAGCUGCUGCUGCUGGAAUGAUAUUCAGCUCACAAGCAACGAGAGAGUACGUGCAAGGAUCACAAACCGAAUGGCUUCAUAUGCAGGUUGGUAGCAGUUUUGAUAGAGCAGCAUGAGCUGACUAUCACUACCCCAAUCAAUUUGCUGUUAGGGAAUCGAGCAGAGCAUACUAGCUCUCCAUGUCUAAUGCAGAGUAUUUUCUAUGGAUAUGACACAUUUUUAAAUUUGAAUAUCAGAAGAUUACUGAGUAUGUGUGCAGAAAAUUGUUGUCUUCAUUCUGUGUCAUUAUCUAACUUGUAAACUAACUGUAUUUCCAUUGUAUUGAUACUAAACAGACCCUUUAAGGUGAAUUUAGUACUUGAACUUCCA